AUGUCAGGGAUUGACGUUUUGGGUUUGAAGGAUCCAAACCCGAACUUUCAAAUCAGAGCUGCCUAUGCGCACCCCUACGCAUCGUCGGCCUCUUCCUCCGCCUCCUCCUCCACCUCUUCCGUCUUCUCGCUGGAUGGCGUGUCCGCCCAAAGCUCGGUCUCCUCUGCCGCCACCCUGCCGGUGGACGUGAUCUGGGAACAUGAGGGGGAAUACCAGGCUGGAGGAAGGGGCCUCGUCGCGGUGGGCGCGCGUGGUGGCUUGAGGGGAAACGUUCCCCGAGCGACGGAGUCGACUGUGGUCCCGCCCGAGUUACGUAAGCAUCCCCGGCGGACCAACAGUGCGACUCAGGCCAACGGCGCAUCUUGCACGCGGCCUCCGCCCUGUCUUUUGAGGCAGUCGGAGCGGAAGGUCAACUUCGUCGAUAACCUUGUCGUAUCGGAGCUAAGAACCACCCUUGAAGAUACCGCGUCGCAGAUCGUCGAGGCCAUCUGGCCCUUAUCCGCCGUGUCGCUCCGGAGUGAUUCGACGACUGGGUGCAAAGGCGUGCUGCCCCUCCGCACUUUCAUCCAAGAGACACUCCGUCGCUCGCGCACGAGCUACAGCACGUUGCAGGUGGCGUUGUACUACUUGAUCAAGAUCAAGUCGCACGUGCCCAACCACGAUUUGACGCAAGACCAGAUCCGCGGCAAGUCUGCGUGCCGGGCCAUGCAAUGCGGGCGACGCAUGUUUUUGGCGGCCUUGAUUCUCGCCUCGAAAUACCUUCAGGACCGCAACUACUCCGCGCGCGCCUGGAGCAAGAUCUCCGGCUUGAACACCGCCGAAAUCAACCAGAACGAGCUGAUGUUCCUCGAAGCCGUGAGCUGGAGACUUCACAUCCCUGAGUCGCUCUUCCAGCGGUGGACGGACAUUGUGCUGCGUUUUACCCCGGGCGCAAGUAGUCUGCCCGCUGACGAUGGCCACUGCUGGCGGACGAUCAUCCCCAAGCUCACCCCGGAGCUGGACGACUUUGACGCCAGCCCUGUGACGCCUUCCAGCAUGGGAACCUACGAUACUCGCUCCGUGGCCGAGUCGCCUUCCCCUCGGGGCACCUCGAUCCGUAGGGUCUUGCCCCGGCUUCCUACGCAUGACUCCAUCACUCUACCCCCAUUGGCUUUGGAAUCGAUGGUCCAACGCGAGAACUCUCUGCCGUCUCUUCCUCCCAUGCCGCAGCCCCAGAUGCUGCCGACGCCCCAGUUGACACCCCAGUCGAGCAUCGCCUCCACUCCUGCAGUGAGUGCUGGCGGUAUUGCUGCACACCGGCGGUAUAUGCAAACUGCUAUGUCGCAGGCACAGAGUAUGUGCACGGCGCGGUCUGUCUACGACCAGCGGCCGCCGCUAUCGCUUUGUCCUAAGGCUAGCACGUUUGACGGUUACCCCAGCCUGGUACGCCGGUCUUCCCUGGCUCGCUCGGCUUCGUCCACCUCGUCUCCGGACUCGAUGGUGUCGGACGUGUCGUCUCUGUCCUCGCAGUCCUCGCGGUCGUCCUCUAUGUCGUCGUGCUCCUCGGUCACUGGGGCUUCGUCCUUGCCUCCUCUGGCGGUGCAAGCUACGCUCCGAUGCACUGGCAACUCCUGGAAGGAGGGUCGGAAGAACCUGACUAUUGUGUCUCCUCCCGAUGAAACUUCGCUUGGUCAUAUCUACAGCUCGCCCGAGAGCUACACUGGUCCCAUCGGCCAGGCCCCGGAUCUCUCCGGUUACUCGCUGGAGAACCCGAUCGAUCUGACGUCUACGCAUGAGGCGGCUCAAAGCCUGUGUGAGCUGUCUGGGGCCACUGCCCGUCCGCACCAACCCCUGAGCCAAGGGCGCAAGCGCGGUCGCACCGGAUCGGAGGACAUGUUGCUGCAGGGUCAAGUGCGUCAGCUGGCCAAGGCUAGUGCACGGGCUGACGGGUCUGUGCUACAUGACGGCACUCUUGCGGAUCUGUUCAUGCGAUCUGGGCCCGGCGCAUCGCAGUCACUCUCCUUGUCGCAGUUGCACGCUUUGCACCAGCAGGCACCGCUGUCCGGCCCCGCCGGGAUGAAACGCGCGUGCUGCGGUAGCGAAGCUCGCAAGGUUGCACUUCACCCAAGCAUGCGGGCAGACUACUUGGGAUAA